AUGGUGGGCUUGAGGAUAGACAUCAGCAUGCUCCUGGAGCCUCUGGGCUUUGUUAAGGUCCUUGAAUGGGUUCUUGCCAUCUUUGUUUUUGCCACAUGUGGAGGCUUUCGAGGUGAAACUGCUCUUCUAGUUUCCUGUGAGGGUGUGGUAAACAAAACAGUUACAGCUGCUUUUUCUUAUCCAUUCAGGUUGAAUGCUGCUGUAUUUAGUGCACCGGACCCAAAAGGCUGUGGUGGCACCUGGACUGAUGUCUGCCUCACGGGUGACUUCUCCUCUUCUGCACAGUUCUUUGUUGCACUGGCAGCAUUGGUGUUCCUCUACUGUGUUACUGCCCUUGUGGUAUAUAUUGGAUAUAACCAUGUGUAUCAGCACAAUAACAAGUUUCCAAUAACUGACUUGGCAAUCAGUGUCUUGAUAGCCUUCCUGUGGCUGGUCAGUACUUUUGUUUGGGCAAAGGCGCUUGCUGACAUCAAGGUGUCCACAGGAGCCAGCAUUGUUCCAGGAAUUGAGUCUUGCAAAGCACCAGGAACAACUUGCCAUUUUCUUUCUGUGACCCGCAUGGGAAUCCUGAAUGUGUCAGUGGUGUUUGGCUUGCUUAAUAUGAUUUUAUGGGCAGGAAAUAUUUGGCUUAUAUACAAGGACACCAACUUGCACAGCCAAUGGAACAGAAUUUCUGAAAGUCCAACCGAAAGGGUAUAA